AUGCCAGCAAAACGAAAGCCUCCGGUUAUCGCGACUCUUGCCUCCUCGCGGAGCAGACGGUAUCCGCAUCAGUCUGGCACUGUGCCUGAGCCUGCGCAUCAAUCUGAAUUCAGACUUGAACCUGGACCUGAUCUUCAAAUAAGACUCAAAGUUGAAGUUGAAGCUGAAUUUGGACUCCACGGUACAAGGCACCAUCAACCUAAGCCUUUUACACAGGAUGGGUCGACCAUCAGUGCUCGUCAGUUUCGUCCAGGUGAACUUGAGCCACUGUCAAAAUAUGAAGACGUCAGCAACGAGGACGACAAUGACGGUUCAAAUGUGGCUAAACGUCCUAGGAUGGUGGUGGUUCUGCGACUGCCUCUAUCACUCAACAAACCGGGGCCACGGUUUCAGUCUGUUCAGAGAGCCCAUGACACGUCUGUCACUGCUACCGAUCCAUAUCCGGAUUCUGGCGCAUAUAGAGCAGCACUAAAGCGUGAGCAUCCCAACUCUAUAGUUGCCACUAGUGCUGUUAAGAGACCAAGGCGAUCUCCUAGAUUUCAACAGUCCAAUGCAGGACAGCUCGAAGCCGCAGAUGAAGUCCUGGAUGGAGCCAAAGCUCAUCAAGGAGUAGCGGGUGUCAAAAACAAAAUUCCGUCUGCUACGAAUAAUACAUUGCCCUCGCCUUCAAAAAUGGUCGCCGCUAUGGCCCGAUCCUCUAUUAUUCAGUUCUCGUUCUCCAGUACCGGCUGCAGAAUCCCUUCUCUUGAUGACAACAAUACUGACCAAGGGCCUUCUCGUCUUGACCCUAAUACUCCUGAGUUGAUCCGUUCCCAACCUUACUCUGGCCGCAUGCGCCCUCGGACCCAGCUCGCUCAACACCUUCCGCCACUUUACAAGCUUAGUGACAUCUUCAAGUCUCUUACGGAGCGGGCUAUCGAUCUGGGGCUCGACAAAGUUCUAACUCAUCUUGGUAAUAGGCGACUUCGUGUUGCUACCGUUUGUUCGGGAACGGAAAGCCCGCUGCUGGCGUUGGAGAUGGUUAAAGAGAAUUUGCAGAAAUAUUUCAACCGAGAUCUCGAUUUCAAGCACCUCUUCAGUGCUGAAAUUGUACCCUAUAAGCAAGCCUAUAUCGAGCGGAAUUUCCGGCCCCGUCUUUUGUUUCGAGACGUAGCUGAGCUUAAGGAUCGGGUCGCUCGAACGGCCUACGGAUCUCUGGAAAAAGUACCCAAGAACGCCGACAUGCUCAUAGCCGGCUUCUCGUGCGUCGACUUCUCUGGCCUAAACAACUACCGUAAGGAGCUCGACGAAACAGGCGAAUCUGGUGAUACGUUCUGGGGCAUAAUCUGCUACGCGAAGAUCUACCGUCCACGCAUGGUAAUCCUUGAGAACGUCAAAACAGCACCCUGGGCUAAGAUCGAGGGCCAUUGGAACGAUAUUGAUUACGUCGCAGUCCAUUCUGACGUCGAUACGAAGGCAUACUAUCUCCCACAGACUAGAGAGCGCGGAUAUAUGUUCUGUGUUGACAAGCGUCUUCUUUCCCACCUUGCACAGAACCACCAUGGCCUGGGCUUGGACGCAGAUGAAAUUGGCCUGAACAUGCGGCGCGAAUGGGUAGACACUUUAGCGGCAUUUAAGCGUCCCGCGAGUUCGCCGGCUGGAAUGUUCCUCCUCGACGCGGAAGACAGACGGCUGGAGCAGAUAGAGAAAGAUAUGGCGCAGAAGAUAGUAGCCUCUGCAGCCACAGUCCGGGCAACAGUUAAUUGGGAUCGGUACCAAGUGCGACACCAGGGUUAUCGACUAAAGCAAGGGCUGGGUCAUCGUCGACCGAUAAGCAAGUCCCAGGAUGAUGGGACUUGUAAGAUGCCGGACUUUGCGUGGCAGGUUUGGAUGCGGUCUCUGCCGGAGCGAGUGAGGUGUCUCGAAUUAUCUCAGGGACUAGACCGAGAGAUGGAUUCCCGCGCGUUUGGGAUCGUCGGCUGCAUCACGCCUUGUGGUAUACCAUAUAUGACGACUCGAGGCGGGCCUCUUUGUGGCCUUGAGUCACUUGCUCUGCAAGGUCUGCCUCUAGACAGGCUCCUACUGACGCAAGAAUCGCAGCGGGAGUUGCAAGAUCUCGCUGGCAAUGCUAUGAGCUCUACUGUCGUUGGAGCGGCGAUUCUGUCGGCUCUGAUUGCUGGUCACAAGGUGUUGAGAAAGGGUGACUUCUCACAAACAUCAAAGCCUACUUCACGCACUCAGAAAAGCAGGAUCACUCCCCAAGGCGAUGUCGCCUUGACUUCAAGCAACAUGCAUCUGGACCCGGAUACCGUCAUUGACAUUCUAAAGCUACGGGAGCAGGCUACUACUAGUGCCCGGUAUUGCGUGUGCGAAGGACACAAUUCGAUACGGGCAACCUGCUCCGAGUGCAGCGGAAAUCCACAGCAUGCUUACGAACGCUGGUUGGAUCUACCACGCACCGUACCACUCGAUUUCGUCAGUUCUCUCCGGUCUAUCUUGCCAGGUAGACUAGCUGUACGUGGUAUCACGCCCGACAGCUACAAAGAGCUAAAGUCUAACUCCUACAUACCUGCUAAAUGCUGGUCAGAAUUCUUGGACGCCGUAUUUAGGGCUGUUGGCGACGAGCUCCGCUUUUCGGACAUCAACCGAAGUGAGUGUUGGACUGUGACCUACGACGGCAAAUAUUCCGUUUUGAAAUUGGUUAUUGAGCCUUUUGGUAGUAUCACUUGGCUCUUUUUUGCAAAGCCGCGCGAAACAGACCCUGCUUUAUGUUUGAUUCGCGAGGUUCUCUCGAAACCCGUAGCUCGAAUGACCCUGCCGGUGCCUUCACAUCAAGCAGGGUCAACUUCUAGCUCUAUCUUGGAAGGUGGGACUUGGGAAAUAUGUGCCCCGCUGUCUUCAAGCUGUUCAUUGAAAUUUUUUGGAACAGGAAGCAAGGUUGACUCCUACGAAGCAAGAUGCGGCUUACAAUUGCCCGCGUACCAAAAUUCGCAGGUUUGGAGCCAUAUUAUUGUCCACGGUGCUGAUAAAGACAUCAAAGACUUGGAAGUUGAUGUACGUGGCACUUAUGAGCUUCUUCCUGAUUGCGGUACUGCAAAUUCAUGUCUGCAUAGAAGACCAGCAACCGCGGGUGGAAACCCAACCAUCUACCUCUUCUUGGAUCCGACAAAGCUAGGCGAGCCCACAAAUGACUCGUUUGUUUUUGCAUUAGAGCAUAGGCGGAUCCCAGGCUAUGCGACUCGGAUGACUAUUGCUGAGGUGUCGCAUACGUGGCGCUCUUCGAAGGCAACAGACAAGGCUGAGACCGUCAUCAUCUAUUACCGGAAGUGGAUUCCUUGCCCCUUAAUCUCACUGCAGCCCUACUCCAGAGAGACUGGCAGUUCUAUCCAAUGCUAUACCCUAGACUCCAAUGCCUCGGUAGCCAUCACCAACGGCGAAUGCCACAAUGCGAAUGUAACCUUGUUAGCAUUCACCAUACCUGCAGGUGUAGCUACCUCAGACUCUCACUCUCCUUGGUUUGCGAGAGAAUGGGAGGCCAUCAAUCCAAUUGAUUGUCCAGAACUCCUCCGCGAGAACGCCUGGCUUCUUCAAAGGGCCGCCGGUUAUUCGGACUUCUGCGAAUGGAAUCAGAUCGUUGAAGCCAAUAUUCAAGGCCCGUGCAGGGUCUGUGUACCUCCCAAACCAGGAAUCCUCUGGGGUCGCGACGCAAAGGGUCGGGUCAAGGCAUACGAGGAUCCGUAUGGUGCUGCUCGGUACGAACGUGAGAUCAAGUCCCGGCCGUCCGCUUUCUUGAUAUUUCGCAGAGAGUGUUAUCAGGAUAUCAAGGCUAUCUCUGCAGAGCUUCGCGUUACGAUUAAUGUCCAGACCCUUCUGCAUCAGGCUUAUGGAAGACUGCCGCACGUUCAGACCGGCUCACCUGCCGCGUCCUUUUACUGGCGCCUUGUACCAAACUCGUAUGACGUUCGAGAUUGCCUAUAUCCCAAGUUUGAGUUGAGAAGUAAUAGGAAUGAUCCGCAAGCUUCGCAGCCGCCGCAGUUUACUCUCGAGGGGCGACCCAAACUGCGGCCCGAGCAGUUGCGUUCGUUGUCAUGGAUGAUAGCGCAGGAAAAAGAGAACGUUGAGCCUUUUAUUGAGGAGGAAACGGAAGAGGCGCUGCUGGGAUCGUUGAUGUGGCGUGCAGAGGGGAGAGUCACGGUGCCAAAGACUGUCCGGGGAGGUAUCCUGGCAGACGACGUUGGCUACGGGAAAACAGCCAUUAUUCUAGGCUUGCUUGAUGCAUCGUUUGCAAAUCUCAACAUCGACCUGUCCGUCUCUCUUAACAGCACUGGUUUCGUUCCCAGCAGAGCAACACUCAUCGUGGUCCCGCGAAUCAUGGUGCAGCAAUGGCGCGCUGAGAUUGCCAAAUUUCUAGGCGACAAGUACAAUGUUCUAGCCUUUUCCUCGGCAGCGGCGUUGAGAAAGACCAGCAUCGGUGACAUUCGAAACUCCGAUAUCAUCCUGGUAUCCCGGUCUGUCUUUGACACCGCGGCUUACUAUCAGCAUCUACGAAGGUACGCCGGCGCUUCUGAAGCCCCCGACAAGCCAGGACGUAAAUUCGAUGACUGGUUCCAUCUUGCGCACGGGUUUAUGAAACAACAUGUUCGUGUGCUUGCUGAAUCCGGCCCUCUCGCUUUCUUGCAGUCUCUGCGUAAUAGACGUGCUCCGACGAAAUAUCCAGAAACCCACCAAUACGCGCCGUCGAAGCGGUUACGGGGGAAGCAGUAUGCGCUUGCAAACAAAGAUCGGGACUUCGAGAUGAAAGAUGACCGACCGUACGCUGAGAUAUCUAGCAACGAGGAAUCUUCCGGGACAAGCGAUGGCGAAUAUGGGAACCCAAUCAUGCUUAAAGCCAAAAUCGACCAUCUCCUCCGACUCAUCCCGCCAAAACAGUUUAAGAAGAAUGAAGGGCUAGCCGGGGAACAGUCUUCCUCGCAUGGAGAGAUAGAGGACGACUGGAAAGGAUUCGGUAUCGAUGGCGAGACCCAGAGUUGGGAAGCGGUCCUAGGCCUUCCCUUCCACGCCUUCCACUUCAACCGCCUUGUGAUUGACGAAUUCACCUACGCCAAAAUGGACCGGCUCACGCAGUUGUUGACGCUCCAGGCCCGGUCAAAAUGGUUUCUCUCUGGAACGCCGCCUUUGAACGACUUUGAGGACGUGAACACCAUAGCACCAUUCCUAGGCGUGCAUCUUGGCAUCGAUGCAGAAGAUGAUAUCAACUCACAACACUUCCGAUUGAAAGAGCUCCGUAAGCAGCGCUCUGAUGCUGAAACUUUUCAAGCUUUCCGGGCUCCGCGGAGCGAAGCAUGGCAUCGGCGUCGACAUGAACUCGCGCAGAUUUUUCUGGAUAGAUUUGCACGCAGAAACGUUGCAGAGAUUGACGAAAUUCCAGCUACCGAGCAUAUUGUCCUCGUUCGCCAGUCACCCGCUGAGAAGGUCAUCUACCUCGAACUGUAUAAGCAACUUAUGACAUAUAAUCGGCAGCUGCGGAGGGUGAACGGUCGAGGAGGAGACCAGGCAGAACGCAUAGACGAGAUCAUUGCAUAUAGCUCAACACCUGAAGAGGCAUUGCUCAAACGGUGUACAUCGCUUGCGCUCCAGGGCCGUUGGGACGAUGAUGGACAGCCGGAAGCCGCUACCUGUGCCUCUCUUAUCCGGACUCGCGAAGAGCAGCUGGAUCAGACGAAAAACGCCCUUAAUAACAAGCUAAAGCUCGCUGCGUGGCUCUACUGCUCGUGCAAGCAUGAGCACGAUAAGUUCAGCCAAUUCAUGAAUAGCGUCAUUAUGCAUAAUUUUGGUGAUAAGUCUGUUACGGAGGAGGUGGACCCAUUACUCACCAUGGCAGUCAAAGAGUCCAAACGCAGCGACUGGAGGUUCUUCUAUUCCGGCUCUGACUCUGAUCAGAAAACCGGCGACGAAGGCCAGCAUGGAGACGUAGAUGAAGACAGUGAAACUAUCGAGGAAGAAGACGAAGACGAACUAGUGCUCAAACAAAAGGGUUUAGGUGGCCAGCGUAAGACUCAAUCCAGAUUUACGGCUGAGUCCAAGCUCAAACCCAGACACAAGCAGAAGUCGAAGGCUAAGCCUACUCUCACGCGAAAAGACGAGAAUAAAAAGAACAAGAGCGAGCCUCUCCUCCCUACCAAACCCACAGAACCUCGAGAAUUUGACUCAGAGCUCCGAGACGUCACAGGCGUGCUCCGCAAACUGGUCGUCGAAUGGGUCCAUCGCAAACGAGCCCUUCGCUUCCUCACAGCCGUCCGAAAGAUCCAAACGAACCCGAAUCCUCAGGCCAUCCCUGCGUGUGACAAUUGCCAAACCCAGCCGGGCGUUUUAUCCAAACUGAACAUUCUCGGAUCGUGCGGUCAUGCCCUCUGUUCAAAUUCAGACUGCACCCAGAAAACACUUGAGAAGGAGGAAUGCGUGGUCGAGGGAUGUCGCGGGUCUGGCAAAAAUUUUAAUAUCAUUAACGCUAUGACGCUUGGAUGCGACACUACUUCAACUCCAACUGCCAUGUCCAGCGAUGGGGAUAGUAACGGGGAUAUUGACCGAAGCUCCAAACACGGCGGAACAAAGCUCGAGGCGCUGAUCAACAUCAUCACCAAAUUCCCCGUCGAAGAGCGCGCCCUCCUCUUCGUCCAAUUCCCGGACCUCAUGACGGUCGCCUCAAUGGCCCUAUCCUCUGCAGGAAUAAAACACAUAAUCAUCACACCAACAGACCAGAAAACAAGCUCGAAAAUCGAGAAGUUCCAAAAGGAGGGAUUCGGUGAUACCAAAGUCCUCAUUUUGAAUCUGGGUAAUGAGAUGGCGGCAGGAUUGAACCUGCAGUGCGCAAACCACGUUAUUUUUCUUUCACCGUUUCUUGCCGAAACGCAGUAUGACUACGACUCUGUUAUGAUUCAGGCUGUUGGCCGGAGUAGGCGGUAUGGGCAGACGAGACAUGUGCAUAUUUACCAUCUGCUGGCGAAGAUGACGAUCGACGUGAAUGUUUUCCAGGAGCGGCGCGGGAACAAAGUUCUUGUUGAACGGGGUGGGCGGGCGACUUUGUUGGAUGCUGAGGAGGCGGCCGAGGAUGAGACAAUGACUUGUCAGGGGCCGGCUAUGGUUGUUGAAAAUGCGAUCUGA